AUGAGCACUUCUUUCUUGAUCCGCACGCCAUGCUCGUCAGCGAACAUCGGCCCUGGCUUCGACGUGAUCGGUCUGGCCCUGUCCCUCCACCUCGAUAUUCAUGUCAAGAUUGACUCUACAAAACAAUCCUCGACGUUACCGCUGAACUGCGCCAUCACCUACGAGGAUCAGAGCAAGUCCGUUGAGCAGAUUAGUCUGGACCCCGAGGUCAAUCUGAUCACCCGCGUCGCCCUCUAUGUCCUUCGGUGCCAUAACCAGCGUGCAUUUCCUGUGGAGACCUCCGUGCAUAUUGUCAACCCGAUUCCCUUGGGUCGGGGGUUGGGAUCUUCUGGAACGGCCGUCGUCGCUGGUGUGAUGCUGGCCAACGAGGUCGGCAAGUUGGGACUGAGCAAGGAUCGUUUGUUGGAUUAUUGUUUGAUGAUCGAACGGCAUCCGGACAAUGUUGCCGCCUCUCUGUUUGGUGGUUUCGUCGGUACCUACCUCAACGAGCUCAAGCCUGAAGAUGUGGCGCGCAAAGAGAUCCCUCUGAGUGAGGUGCUCCCCGCCCCCGCCGGAGGAGUCGACACUGGCAUUAAGCCUCCAGAGCCACCACUGGGCAUUGGUCACUACCGCAAAUUCGACUGGGCACCGGAAAUCAAGGCGAUUGCGAUCAUCCCCGACUUUGUCGUGCCCACAGCGAACGCCCGCAACGUGCUCCCACAGACCUACACUCGUGCCGACGUGGUUUUCAACCUCCAACGCGCUGCCUUGCUUCCCGCCGCCUUGGGCAGCUCACCACCAGACCCCGACAUGAUCUAUCUCGCAAUGCAGGACAAAGUGCAUCAGCCGUACCGCCAGACUCUCAUUCCGGGUCUGACGGAGAUCUUGCAAUCCAUGACCCCAGCCACUCAGCCGGGCCUUUUGGGUAUUUGCCUUUCUGGCGCGGGACCAACCAUCCUGGCCUUGGCAACGGAUCGCUUUGAUGAGAUUGCCGAUCGCAUCAUUGCCCACUUUGCAGGCAACAACAUCACCUGCCAAUGGAAGUUACUCGAGCCUGCUCAUGGUGGCGCUACUGUAACCUCUGAGUAG